AUGCCUGCCGCCAUGCCAGCCAACGUUGACCUCUCGAAGCGUCGACGUUUCCAACCCCCUAUCACCACUUUCUUCACCUCCGCCACAGAACCAGUCUCGUCCGAUACACCCCCAGUCUCGCACCAUCACCACUAUGCUGCAGCAACUUUCUCAGCUACUCCAGUCGUUCCUGCUAAAGUGCAAUCUUCUCUUAUGUCGGUCGGAAUGCGGGUCCGGAAAUCUGUCGCCGAAGGAUACAGAACCAACAUGACCAAGACACAAGAGAAAGUCUCGUUUCCCACACCUGUGGCUCAAACCCCCGCUGCCCAGCCUUACUUCGGCGCUCGCCAUCAUUCUGAGCUUACUCCCUUUUCUGGAACUGGCAAAUCUUCAUUUUCUCACGACGACUACCUUGUCACCGAUGAUGGUGACGCAUUCUCUCUUCCCCCGAGCAGCCAAGAGUCAACCGACUCAUUAUCUGGUGCACUGGGCGGCCAAAAGCGCUCUUUGGAAGUAGACGAGAUUUUUGCCGAUGAGAACGAUAAUGAAUCUUACAACACCUCGUGGCAAGACCACUCUGUCGGCCGAACCAUCCUCUCCCCGAACCUGGGCCAGAGUCGCCGUAUCCUUGCUGUCCGCAACAGCAAGGUUCAGCAGCCUACUAUUGACGUCGAUGACUUUGAAGAAGCUGCUUUCCUCCGCCGCCGUGAGGAAGUUGAUGCCGAGGAUGUCCGGAUCUUUGGGGCUUGA